AUGAACGUCACCACGGUGUUGUGCUGUCGCAUGACACCACUGCAGAAGGCGGCCGUGGUGCGUCUGGUGAGUCAUGGCCUCGACGGUGUCGGUGGUGGUGGUCGUCCAGUCACAGCGGCCGUCGGUGAUGGCGGCAACGACGUGGCGAUGCUACUUGAGGCCAGUGUUGGCUUUGGGAUUUACGGAAACGAGGGGCAACAGGCUGUCAGGGCUUCAGACUACGCGAUGCCACUGUUCAGACACCUUCGACGUCUGAUAUUGGUUCACGGUCACUGGAACUACUACCGUAUCAGUAUGACAGCUAACAUCUUCUACUUCAAGAAUGUGGCCUUUGUUGCCAUCCAACUAUACCAAAUGUUCUACGACGGGUUCUCGGGACAGUCAAUGUUGGACAGCCUUCUCUACACUCUAUAUAAUCUUACCUUCACCUCGUUCUCGCCCUUUGUAUUUGGCUUCUUCGAGCAGCACAUCUCAUCCAAAGACCUGAUGCACCGUCCGUACCUGUACCGUCUCAUGAAUUUGUCUGCAAACCUUCGCUGUUGGUACGUUCUGCUUUGGGUGGUUGACGGUUGGUGGCAUGGAACUGUCAUCUACUACGUUUGCUAUUGCGUCCUCGUUGGUGGAAUGAAUUUUUCGGAGGCUCAGUUCUUCCAAUCGGACACUUCCUAUGCUGUUGUGGAUUUCAACAUGUUUUCCAACGCCUGUUACAUUUAUCUGGUGGUGACGGUAACAAUGCGCAUCGUUGUCAUGUCAAAGUAUCUCAAUCGGUGCAUCAUUAUCGGUCUCUUCGUCACUGGUUUCAUCAAUCUUGCAAUCAUGUACAUCUAUCAGAGGUCGCAUGACAAAAUCUCCAUGCCGCCUCCACCACCUGCAGUUCGCUCUCUCGUCCUGCUUGGUGGUGAGGAUCUUGGAGACACCUGUUAG